AUGACCAAAGUAUUGGGCUACCAUGAGUAUAUCACCCAGGGGAUGGGAUACAUGUACCCUGAGCAAUGCAAUGCGACCCAUUACAACGUGGCCCGUCCAAAACCGCCCAGCGAGACGUUACUUCCCGGUGCUGACAUCAACGCCACUACUUAUCUGAAGGGCGUCAAGAUAGGUUUGGACCUGUUUCCAAAGAUGUCACGGUCUUUCCCGCUUUGGAACAAGACUCUGGACGACGUGGUGUUGAACAAGAUGCACGCUUCGGGUGACCACUUUGCCACCUUUGAGGGGCCCGAAGAGAUUGUGAUGACUUGCAAGAAGUGUUUCACGGAGGUGAAGGCGCUUAUGGAGUGGCAAUGA